AUGGCAUCCACUCCUAGACCCAGUCGCGACUCCCUCCACAGUCUGGUUAAUGACCGUGUCGCUCUUGUCACCGGCGCUGCACGAGGAAUCGGGUUCGCGACAGCUGCCUUACUGGCGCAACAUGAUGCACGCGUAGUCCUGGUGGACCUCCACGAGGAAGAUCUAAAGAAGGCUUGUGAGGCAAUUGGAAAACAGGCAACAUGGCAAGUCUGUGACGUAAACAAUUGGGAUCAGCAAGUCGCCUUGUUCGACCACGUUAACAAAACACUUGGCCCGAUCAGCCUAAUGGUCUGUAAUGCGGCUGUCAACCCGGAAGUCGCUCUACUGCAAGCUCGCGAUAAGGAAAAGCAGGCGCAGAUGAAAUCGUCUGUCCGACACAAUGACCUCGCCGAUGAACGCAGCAGCAUUCAAGGAGAUACUCUGGAACGGCCAUCAACAGAUCUUAUCGAUAUCAAUGUCAACUCGGUCAUCUUUGGACUCAAAUUGGGCAUCCACCAUAUGAAACAACACGGUGGGGGUCGCAUUGUGGUCACUGGAUCGGCUGCUUCCUAUGUUCCAGUGUCUUCGCAGCCGUUGUAUACAGCUAGCAAGCACGCGGUGCUGGGCUUGUGUCGCGCCACGUCGCAGAUCAGUGAGGUGAUCGAGGCGGGAAUCUCGGUCUCUUGGGUCGCUCCUUGGUUGACCUUGACGUCCAUGGUGGAGGGUCUUGAGGCCACAACCAACCCGAACACCCUGAAGAACUCGCCGGAGGAUGUUGCAUGGGGUAUCAUUGCUGCUGCGGCUGCUGAGAAACCUAAUGGCAAGGGCUACUGGGUACAGGGUCAGACAAUCAGUGAGGUGGAGGCCGCUUAUGACGAACUCGCAGGGCGCUUAAUCCUUCCGGAAAAUAGGUUCUUCUAG